AUGAGUACACCUGUGGAUAGCCGAGGACAAGAACAUCCUACAGUGAAAUUUUCAAGGUCAUCGAAGUCUCACCAGAAACGUCUUAUAACAAUGAACAUAUUAAAGAAAAUUUCAGAAAAAAUAUCGAGGAAAAAGACACAAUUUAAGGAUCGACCUUCUGUAACUGCAAAUGAAUUGGACGAAGGGUUUGAAGUAGAAGUUUUACAAGUAGUAGGCAUACAAGAAGAAAGGGGGUUUACAGGGACAAUGUUUACAAUUAGAAGAUUUACAAGUAGGAGGUUUACAAGUAGGGGGUUUGCAAGGAGAAGGUUUGCAAGGAGAGGGUUAACAGGGAGAAGAUUUGGAAGUAGAAGGUUUACAAUUAGAGGAUUUACAAGUAGAAUGUUUACAAGUAGUAGGUUUACAAAUAGCAGGUUCACAAGUAGGAGGUUUAUAAGUGUAAGAUUACAAGAAGAAGACUUGCAGGGAGAAGGUGUGCAAGUAGAAGGUUUAUUAGUAGUAGACUUACAAGGAGAAGGUUUACCACUAGAAGAUUUAGAGGGAGAAUGUUAA